AUGAAGACGGCGCGUAACACUGCCGUGGCUUUUACACCAGCAGGAUUAACCGGGGCGGCCGCCAGAGUAGAACCGCGAAUCUACAACAAGCGGCGGCUGCACGACCGUUGGUCCCCGCGUCACCGCCGUGUGACGGGGAUCUUGCCCGAAUGCGAAUUCCUCGUGGAGCUCAAGAAGCGGGAGAACGAGUGCGCGGAGCGCGUGGGCCACGAGAUCAACGCGUCCGUCGCUCGUGGCCUCUACCUGCCCGGCUGCCCCGGCAUGUGGGACAACCUGUCGUGCUGGCCGGCGGCUGCCCACGGAGACGUGCGCUCCGUGCCCUGCCCGGACUUCAUCGCUCUCUUCAAGAAACGAGGCGUGGUGUACCGGAACUGCACGCUCAUCGGCUGGACCGACCCCUACCCCAAAUACGACGAGGCCUGCGGCUUGGACGACGUCAACGAAAAUGAGACGGACGAGAGGUCGUACUACAGGACGGUGAAGAUCACGUACACGGUCGGGUACAGCACGUCGCUCAUCGCUCUCACCGCCGCAAUGCUCAUCCUCUGCCUCUUCCGGAAGCUGCACUGCACGCGCAACUACAUCCACAUGCACCUCUUCAUGUCGUUCAUCCUCCGCGCCAUCUCCGUGUUCAUCAAGGACGCCGUGCUCUUCCCCGAGAACGAGAGCAGCCGCUGCUCCACCGCCGGGGAUGAAGAUGAGUACUUCGAUGACAUGGAGAACAUGAAGCUGGGCUGCCAGCUCACCAUGGUGUUCUUCCAGUACUGCAUCAUGGCCAACUACAGCUGGCUGCUGGUGGAGGGCCUCUACCUGCACACCCUGCUCCUCAUCUCCUUCUUCUCCGAGAGGAAGUACUUCUGCUGCUACAUCCUCAUCGGCUGGGGAGCCCCCGCGAUCUUCAUCGUGCCCUGGGCCCUGUCGCGCUGGAUCUACGAGAACACUGGCUGCUGGGACACAAAUGACAACCACGAGAUCUGGUGGAUUAUCAAGGGCCCCAUCCUCUUCUGCAUCCUCGUCAACUUCAUCCUCUUCAUCAGCAUCAUCCGCAUCCUCAUCAAGAAGCUCAAGUCGCCAGACGUUGGAGGGACCGACUCGAGCCACUACAAGCGUCUGGUGAAGUCCACGCUGCUGCUGAUCCCGCUGUUCGGCGUGCACUACAUCGUGUUCGCCUUCACGCCCGACAACAUGCUGCGCGACUUCCCCAUCGAGAUGAGACUCUACUUUGAGCUGUCCUUUGGCUCCUUCCAGGGCUUCGCCGUGGCGAUCCUCUACUGCUUCCUCAAUGGAGAGGUGCAGGCCGAGCUGAAGCGCAAGUGGCGACGCUGGUGCGUGGACCGCUACCUGUCGGUCGACCUGCGGCAGCAGCACAACUCCACCGUGAGCAACGGCAACAACGGAGCCACGCAGCUCUCGCUGCUCACCAAGUGCAGCCCCAAGACGCGCUCCUCCAGCCUGCAGACAGUAACCGCAGCCCCGGAGCAGCAUGGCGCGAUGAUCAGUGACUGCCGCGUGUAGCCGUCCCGUGGCGCCACCCCGCGUAGUGUCCGUGGUUUCGUAGGGACCCCUGUCGAUGUAUAGCCGUCCGCAAGCUCUGUCGCUGUAGCGACCUCCGGCUUUUAUGGCGCCGGUUUUCCCGCAGAGCGCCGACAGAAACUUCCCCGCGGAAAACGUUUUGCUCGAUCCUUAGGGUGUGGAGGCCUCAGAACACCGGUCAGGAAAACCAGGCGCCGGCCAAAGUUUGCGCGCGCGACGCGUCGUUACUAGUGUUAUGAUGAUGAUUAUUAUUGCUGCUCAACGUCUCCCGGCAGCAAAAGUGUCAACUUUUCUAUUUCUACGGGAGAAUUGCCGUUUGGUCUGAGCGCACCACUCGAGCUUGCGGCUCUUUGUGGUCACGUGGUCGAGGCCGACGUACGCCCAGCGAGAAGGUGGCCACAGUGGCCGUGAUAAGGGGGGGGGGGGGUGGCCAUCCUUCGGAGGAUUUCCAUCAAAAGAUUGUCGCGAUUGAAAACACGGAAGCUGAAUGUGAGCACGCGAGCUGGAUCGAGGCUAAGCGCGCUUGCCUCCCCCGCAACCCCUCACCCUCCCAUCGGCGUAACGUGAGGACUCAUAUGAGGACUGUACUUAUAUAGGGUGAGCUUGUAUCCGGCUUCUAACAUAAUAGGAAUAAUUUACCCAGAUAAACCUCAAUGAGUUCGAAGGCUCUUUCUUUUUUCUGGAGGGUUCUGCAUUGGAAUGUUUCGGGCGAAUUCCAUUGAUGCGUAAUUUUGGCAUACGGAAGGAGUAAUUGCAAACAAAAUCGAAAAACUCUUAUUGCAGUUUAGGGGGUUCCACUCAGCAUGGCAAUCUAUCUUCUCGCUGCCACUCGCCUACAACACGUGGCUAACCCUGGCACACACGUGGCGCAAAUACCGCAGAGUCAUCAAUAUCCGACAAGGUUGGGCGCAUUGAAGACCAUUUGGCCGUAGGUCAUAGCCGUGGAAAUGUGUCCAGCAGAACGCCCGUUGUGUCACGUGGCUCUCUUGGCGAGACUCCACCAACGCCGGCUCGUCUCACGUACGGGGGGCGGGCGGUGGGGAGGGGGGGGCGAGCGGUGGGUGGGGGGGAGUACCCAUCCACGGUUUCGCGCCCGCAAGGUCCGUCGCUCCCGGGCAGCGCGUAUUCCGUAAACGAAAUUAGCACUGCAAAAUAUCCGCCGUCGACGAAAGUGUUUGUGUGGUUUACGGUGACUCCGAUGGGUGGACGAAGCGAUCGAGCGGCGACUACUACGACUACGGCCGCUGCCCUCCAGAGACAAACGCGCGACCACUGAGAUAAGCGUAGACGCUUCUUUGAACACUCUGAAUGAAAGCUGAGACUUAAACUAACUCGAGCCGUGUUCAUCAGCGACUGUGGUGGGGCCUGGAAGACCAGAAAAUGAUAAAUACCCUACACGGUAUGUACGUAUUUUAAACGGUGUACCUCGGUCACUGAUUGGCUGAGCUGAUGACGUUGUGGUGGGGGGAGGGGUGGUGUGGGGGCGGGGUCGCGUGCCCACGUCACAAACAUCGCUCAUCUGACAUUGGACGACACUCUCCCACUGCCUUUGUCGACCAGACCCCCAAAACCAGUGACGACAUGAAAUCCGCAGACCUGCGAUUCGUCUAAAUCUCCACGUGGUCGUCGUUGCCUCGGCAAGGACUGUGAUUCAGACAAAUAAAUAGAACGCUGACGAAAUGUCCGCCGCUCCCGUCGAGGGGGUCGCCCAGUGUCCUGAAUGCUUUGGGCUCAAAACCGCGUUCAUGAAAUGGUCGGCGAUGGGGGGGAUCGCCCCUCCCCGCCACCCUCUCCCCAGCAGUGCUUUCGGACGUAGCCCGAGUUCCGGUGGUCGCUUGUAGACCGCUGCGUAGGUUUCCUUGCGGUCGCGCCGUUUACGGCUCCCCGAUUGUGUUUUUACGCUUGCGCUGCGUUUGCUGACGUUGGGCACGACGGCGGUGCGACGGUUUAUUUUUUUGCUGCCGCUCCGCGCUCCCUUCGGGAACCGAACGUUCCCUCGUCCGCGUGCUCGGGAUGUUCGCCGACUCAAAGUCUCGCUCUUCCCGGCGCGCGGAGCGGUGAAACGUCGGGCAGCAGUGGUGCCGAACGGCGCGCGACCCCGAGUGGGGGGGGGGGUGGGCGUUGGUUUGGGGGUACGACCCGACAACAGGCCGGAGGGAGGGCUCCCUUAGACUCGCACGUGCGCGUGCGUGCGUGUUCACCUACAAAGUGUUUUUUGUAACCAAAAGCCCUGUGGGCGAGUGGGCGAUGGGGAGGACGAGGAGGAGCGCCUGUGUCGUUCACGAGUCGGUUCGAUAGAAUGCAGCGGGAGGGUGGGACGGUUACAGGGAACCCACCUCUGGCUUGAGAGGGGUCGUUUGCUACUCGAUAUUUGUUUUUUUGUAAGUAAAAAAAACUGUCCGUAUACGAAUGCCGAACUGUUCACGUGUUAACUUGGAGGUUUUUUGGAGCGCCGCAAUGUGAUGUGUACUGCGCGUGACUUUCAGCUGUAAGCCAGUUGAUCAAUAUAUGUGAUGUGUAUCACGCGUGACUUUCAGCUGUAAGCCAGUCGACCGGUCUAUGUGGUGUGUACCGCGCGUGACUUUCAGCUGUAAGCCAGUCGAUCGAUCAAACUUAUCUAUCUGCCGUCUCUUUUUGUUACCCAUUGCCCGCAAACACCAUCCCAUUGCACAUUUCUGUUACGAGGCCACGUCAGUGGCGAGCGUGGCGAGGUUGGUCAUCGUUUGCGCGCGUCGCAUUGCUCCCCACGAGCUCCACCCAGCGGGUCGGACCUGUGUCAUUCGCUCUGCUGCAGGUCAUUUCUUGUAUCCGAGGCUUAAAAUCAGUUUCGAUGUCCCUACGCGGAGACUGCAAUCGUCCCCCCCCCCCCCCCCCCCACUCUGUCCAGCCAUCGGCUUUCGCGAGAAAAAUUCGAUCAUGGCGUUUUGCUUCAACGGCUUGUCCGCUUCAUUCAUUUUGUGUUCGACGGCUUGCAGUACCCCCAACCCCUGCCCCGUGGCUGCACAUGCGGCACCACGUGGUGCCGUGUUAUGAUAAUCGCAAAGGUGGCUAAUAAUGUGUAAUGCGUUCCCGAUCGUGAAUGAGAAACGUUUGGUAUUCGCGCCGUCUGCAGGAGUACACACACUCAGCGCACGCUUUUGUCGACAAAGUGGAUACAGCCAGGGCUGAAUUUCUCACUCGAUAUUCUCCGGAACGCUGCUGGGCUGGCUCGGAGUAGGAUUGUAGAGCUGCAAGGUACGUCCAUCCACAAUUAACCUCGGUUAUCGUCGAUUACUGUACCCUAUGUUCCGAUAAUCUCACGAGGAUAAGAUUAGUAGGAUUACCAAACAAUGUGAGAUUGAUGGUGGCGUGCUCAAAACAAUUCCCCAGGACAGCGUUCCGGACUUUUCGUGUUGAAAUUAAGACUUCUGGUAUGUACCGUAAUUACAUAUAUACAUGUAUCGUAUAGGCAAACGUUUCGGGUAAUUGCCAUGUUAUUCAGAGUGGGAGGGAUAUGCGGACGAGAGCGACGUGCUGAAUAGUUGGAGACAACGCAUUGCACGGUCCCAUGAGCCCAGAGCCAGAUGUCUCACCCGUGUCGGGUACCACCUCAAGUGGCAUCACUUGAGCGGUUCCAAGUUUCUUUAUGCUGGCCAAUAGCCGUGAUUUGUGCGUUAUGACCGUUUGAGACGUGUGGGGUUACCAGGUUAUUGACUCUUGUUAGGGGUAUAAAUACAAUCCGUGCUGGUAACGAUGUUGCUCCCUUGGGGUGGUACCCACUUGCUGCGCUGGCCCCCAUGGACUGAUGGCCAAAUGCUUUCUCCAGCCACGUGUCGCUCCGCAUAUUUUCUGUCUGCGGCGUUCCCCACCCCGCUUUCAAGAAGGAACAAUCGUCCAAAACGUUCCUCUGCUGCCGUGCUCGGUGUCCUGUUGUUGUCCUGUUCCGAGGAGGAGGGGGGGGGGGGGAUGUUUGCCAUUGGCGAUGGUAUCGUCGAGGGUUCGGCUCUCCCGGUCUCUGCGCUGCCUACAGCCCCCACUUGCACUGAUAGGGGGACGCGGCGCGGGCUGCCAUUCACGUCGCCCUGAAUUUUUUUCUCUCGCGUGCGCACGCACGCACGCACGCGUACGUACAGCGGCGAGGGGAAGGAGACUUUCCACUUUAUUUUAUGUAACCCAGGUGCGAACUGCCGGAGACCAGGACGCGAGUCGCGUUUGCAAGAGCGACCUUUUGGGCCCAUUGCUUUGCCGGGAGGGGGCCGACGGUUGCUGCUGCUGCUGCUGCUGCACGUGGUGUAAUCCCAACCGAGUGUAUUUUUGGACUUUUUUUCUAAAAAAAAUUUCACAUUUGGACGCUGACGCCGACACGCCAUGGACGGCCUACUCCUGCGAUUAACGUCGGGGCGGCCCGCUGAAUCCGAACCGUGAACUGCGGCGACGAACGGCAAAUGGGCUACCGCUGGGCCCCUGUUGAGGGGAGGGGGCGGGGCAGGUGUACCAUGUGAUCACUACCAGCGUUGCCACCUUCACAGACUCAACCCGUUAUGUCAUUCCCGUCGGCACGAGGUGUCUUAUGACAACUGUGCAGUGUACCCGGUGAUGAAGUUCAACACAGCAACACUGGCGGUACCGGAUCUCGGUGCAAAUUGAUUCCCGUGGCCACCCGAAUACAGGUGGCAAAUGCCGGGCUGUCUUGGUCAACCAUUCCCUUUGGGUGACCUCAGCUUAUGGUUGCCACCUGUCCAGAUCAAACCCGGAGAGGCAGCAACCCAAGCCACUAUGCAGUGCUGUGAGCACCAAAAGCUGAAGUAAAUAUCAAAUGAACAGGGGCCUGGGUGAAGCACUGAAGGCGGUGGGACGCGGUUUGGUGCGAAUGGCUUGGUUGGGUGGCUUGUUGGAGCGGGGUAGUGGUAGAGAUAUCGAGAGACAGUACUCGUGGCUGAUUGGCUGGUGUGCUUUUGGGCUCGGGCCAUUGGAAUUUGGGCAUCAUUCUUACCAGUGGCUGGUUUGCUAUUGUGGCUAGGGUUAGUGGUUAGAGAUAGUACUGGUGGCUACUGUGGCUAGGGUUAGUGGUGGAGAUAGUACUGGUGGCUGGUUUGCUAUUGUGGCUAGGGUUAGUGGUGGAGAUAGUACUGGUGGCUGGGUGGUUAUUGUGGCUGGGGUUAGUGGUGGAGAUAGUACUGGUGGCUGCAUGGCUAUUGUGGCUAGGGUUAGUGGUUAGAGAUAGUGCUGUUGGCUGGUUUGCUAAUGUGGCUCGGGUUAGUGGUAGUGGUAGCGCUAGUGGCUGGUUUGCUACUGUGGCUUCGGUUAGUGGUUAGAGAUAGUACUGGUGGUUGGUUUGCUAAUGUGGCUAGGGUUAGUGGUAGUGGUAGCGCUAGUGGCUGGUUUGCUACUGUGGCUAGGGUUAGUGGUAGUGGUAGCGCUCGUAGUACACGUGGCUGGUUGGCUAGGUGUGGUUCAGGCUGGGGUCAGCGGGAGGGGUGAGUGCUGUUGUGUGGUCGGCUAGCUGGUUGUUGGUAUCAGAGGUAAGAACCAGCCGUGUGAUUGUCUCGUGUACUCUGCCAACGAGCGGCUCGUUCCUCCCCUGCCACCGCUGCUCGUUGCUCCUCCAUGCGGCUGUAGACUUCUCCGAUUUGUUGUAGACUUGUUGUUUUGUAGACUUGUUGUUUGGUAGACAUCUUCUUGUGUAGACUUGUUUUGGAGACUUCUUGUUGACUUGUAGACUUGUUUUGUAGACUUAUUGUUUACUUGUAGACUUGUUGUUUUGUAGACUUGUUGUUUUGUAGACAUCUUCUUUUGCAGAAUUGUUUUGGAGACUUGUUUUGGAGACUUAUUGCUGACUUGUAGACUUGUUGUGUAGACUUAUUGUUGACUUGUAGACUUGUUGUUUUGUAGACUUGUUGUUUUGUAGGCAUCUUCUUUUGUAGACUUGUUUUGGAGACUUGUUUUGUAGACUUCUUGUUGACUUGUAGAUUGUUGUGUAGACUUCUUGUUGACUUGUAGACUUGUUUUGUAGACUUGUUGUUUUGUAGACAUCUUCUUUUGUAGACUUGUUUUGGAGACUUGUUUUGUAGACUUAUUGUUGACUUGUAGACUUGUUGUGUAGACUUGUUGUUGACUUGUAGACUUGUUGUGUAGACUUGUUGUUGAUUUGUAGACUUGUUGUGUAGACUUCUUGUUGACUUGUAGAUUGUUGUGUAGACUUCUUGUUGACUUUUAGAUUGUUGUGUAGACUUAUUUUUGGACACGUGGGGGGGUUUGCACGCUGCGUGACGCUUCCCCGUGAUAUGGUGAGAGAUGUGGCGGGUGGUGUUCAGUUCACUGCAGGCCGUGUCACGCCAUAUUGUUUACCUGCUUGAGUAGAACCCUUAAGGGUGGCAGAUUUGAAAAAAAAAAGUAUUUUAGGUGGGCUGUGUGGGGCGGGCCCCUGAAAAAAUCUUGGGGGGGGGGCAUAUGCCUGCCAUUGUCCAUGCUACGCCGCUGCCUUUGUCGUCACAUGAAACUCGGCAAAAAAAACCCACCUCCCCAGUACUCAACAUGCAUGGCACGCACAAAGCGUAAGGCACGUGCCAGUUCCGAUUCAGAAGCGAGUCGCGGGUUCUGUGUGUGAUAUGGUGAUGGUAGUGGACGGGGGGGGGGGGGGGAGUGAUAAAUGGGCACCGUGUUUGUGUGUGUGAUGAGUGCGUCUGUGAUGGUGAGUGAUAGUGGGGAGUGAUAGUGCAUCGGUUAGCGCGCUGCGCUACGAAACCUGGCGACCCGAGUUUGAUUCCCACUCACAGCCAACUCCGGUGAGGCAUGAUCUGAACCGGUCACGGCCCUCCCCGAGGUUGACUCAAAGGCGUGGUGCUGGCUCACGCCACCCACCCCCUCGUGUGCCGCGCCAGCCUUCAUAGGUACUGCUCGCAAACAGCACUUGCCCCAGCAGCCCGUGUAGGCUAUACGGGGGAUCUUUGCCCUUGCCUUUUGGGGAUGGAGAUGUCUCGGUUGGCUGCCACAGUCGAAUGGCCGCACCUACGGUCAGCAAGAUUGGCUACGUACGAUGCGAAGGAAGUUCAACGUGGGGCGGGAGUAUCCGCCGCAACUGUGAAGGUGUAGAAAAUAUGGAAAUCGGGCCUCACUUUAGUUGUGGUGAAGUAAGGGUUAGUGUCAGGGUUUGGAUGGUUGUACCAGUGGCUGGUUGGUUAGUUGCUUUGGCUUAGAGGGGUAGAGCUAAAACUAGUUUUGGCUAACGUGCUCCACCUCCAAGCCGUGUGCCCAUCCUCUCCAUCGCACCGUGUGCCUUUUCGAUAUUUGGCCGCAUUUCGUUGCUGACGCUUACAGCACACUGUCUGGCUCCUCGAGUGUUCAUUAUCGAGCUCAUGAAUGAUGAUGCGUUGUCAUGGCCUAUGAACCAUUGAGCUGUCAUCGUCUCCGUAAUGGGAAUGGCCUCCACGAAGCAACUCUGAACGUUUGUGGGACCUGCGAGCGUUGAGGCUGCGGGGCAAAACGACAAUCAGAAGCGCUACGUUUGGACCCCUCAACCUGAAUCGGUGAAAAGAUCAUGAACGUUUAUUGCGGUCCGUUCAAGGCGCUCACCGUUUUUCUAUCAUUCAAAUCGAUCCGCUGACAUGAACUGGGAGGUUAGUGUGUCGACAUUUAGCUUCAGAGAUAUUAUAAUGUGCACAUAGGAAUGAUAUCGGUAUACUGUAUGGGAAUGAAUGUCAAUGGAAUUUGUAUAGUGCAAGUUUCAUUUGGAAAUUAUCGACAAAAGUGAGGGUUCGUUUGAUCAAAAAAUGCUUUAGUAUUAUAUUUACGAAUGUUUACCCAGGAAAGUUUCACCGAGUUUCACAGCUCUCUUCCAGUGAGGUCUUGCCAAGUUUUCGCAUUCGGGGGCAAUGAUUGCUGUGUAGAGUCUCAAAUUGAAUUUACUGCUUUGUGGGUCAUUUUUCAAAUUUGGCAAAUUUGGAUCGUGACACCAGCAACACAAUGGGGCCUCCGUUUGCGAGUGACGCCAGGGGAAUCUUUCACGUCCACUGCAAGUUGAAGCAGACGGCGAGUAGUAUUAUUAUUGGUAGGAGAAGUAUUAUGGUUGUUACACCCGCAGCAUUCAUCAGGGUUGGCCGCUGAAAUCGAACCGUGUGAACCUCUGCGGCAAAUCCGACGACGUCCAUGUAUCCGAACGCAUGGCGAUGCAAAACGAUCCGUUCAGAAUCCGAUCCACGACAAAUAACAACAACAAAAAUGGAAUGGUGCAAAGCUUCGUCCGGGCAAACGUUUGUGCGUUUUUUGCCAACUUUUGUUCACCCCCCCCCCGCCACCCCUCGUGACAACGUCUCAUCAAGGCGAACUGUCGGGACAAUUAUAGUGGCUCUUGGUGAAGAUUCAAGGCACCCGCCAAUUUCAGGGGCCUGUAUCCGUCCACCACGUUACACUCGGUGUAAUUGCCCAGUGACGAUUCUGGCCCUCACGUCUGUCUGGUGCGGGCGGGGUCGGCAAACUCUCUUCGAGGACUGCUUCGUGACGUUACGUAACAAGGACCCCACCGUCUCGUGUUCACAUUGCAUUGCGGCUCUUGAACCAUUGAGUUGCGUCGUCGUCGUCGUUGUUGUUGUUGCCGGAUUGGAAUCAAAUGGCUCUUCUUAUUCACUUGCCGACUUCCCGGGUUCUAGUGGGCCACUCUCUCCACUUUGACGCGUUGGUCAACAAAACGGCGCAAAUGUAGCAAUCUCUCGCAAAGCGUUCCUCCCUUGCAGCGCCCCCCCCCCUCCGCUCGGUAACAGCACACGGAGACCGUCGAUGGUUCUCCAACAGCUGUCGCUUCGGGUUGAAAAUGUGAAGGGCGCCGCUGGUCAGGCUGUGCGGGUACCUGCCGCCGAGCGCAUUUCGUGUCUCCUCGUGUGCCCCGGUCCCCUCCUCGCCCCCCCAUCCCCUCUCCCCCAUCCCCUCUCCCCCAUCCCCUCUCCCCCAUCCCCUCUCCUCGAUCCCCUCUCCCCCAUCCACCAUCCCCUCUCCCCCAUCCCCUCUCCCCCAUCCCCUCUCC